AAAAUAGAACAUCCGGAGUCACACGUACACUGCCGGCUUUCACGUGUACUUGUUUAACCUAAAAUUCUACACAGCAACUUCAAUAAACGACCAUAAACAGCGUUAAAAAUGACCGAGGUCGACGGAUUUUUCAGAAAGUUCCACGAAAAAGUAAAUCAAAACAUAGACGACGUCGCGCGAAAUAACUUCACCAAUUUAGAAUGCAAUUCUAAACGUGCGUCCUAUUUGUGCAGUCUGCCGAUUAUAAAAAGUUAUGACUUGAGUGCCGACGUCGAGAAAUGCCAGACUGGUGGCCGGUUUCCAGUGGAAAAGGAUUUUGAGAAGGCGAAGUCACUGAAGGAUGAAGGGAACAAAGCGGUGCAGAAAGGCGACUGGGCCAUGGCUUUGGUUAUGUACAGCCAAAGUUUGCUGCAAAUGCCAGCUAAAGAAACUGAAGAGCUAUCCAUAGUAUACGCGAACCGAUCAGCAGCAUUGAACCAUUUGGAGCAGUAUGAAGAUGCGCUGGACGACAUAAAACGCUGCCUGGCCCUGGGCUACCCCCGGCAUCUCCGGUACAAGGUGCUGGAGCGACGCGCCAGGACACUGCUGGUGCUGAAGAGAAACCAGGAAGCCAUCAUUGCUUUCCAAGAUACAAUAAGCGCGCUAGAUGAAGCAACAAAAUUGGAUAAAGAGAAACGUCAAAAAAUGCGCACCGAUGCGAAACUAAUGUUGGAAAUACUGAACAAAGGUCUCGUCCUGGCUGGAAACCCGAAGGAUCCAGAACCCUUGAAAUCUAUCCCACCAAAGGCAAAACUACCUGGGAGACAUAAUAAGCUAUACCCUGCAGCUUCGGAAGCUAUUCAGAUAGACAAAGAUGAGGCACGAGGGCGAUUUGCUACGGCUACUAGAGAUGUUCAAGCUGGGGAGAUUUUGCUGGUAGAGCGGCCUUAUAGUGCAGUUUUGUUGGGAGAAUUUUCGAAGACCCAUUGCCAAAACUGUUUUGUCAAGUGUCCAAUCCCGUUGCCCUGCCCUAAAUGUCCAAAUGUAAUAUUCUGCGGGGAGAAAUGUUUAGAAACUGCACAAAAAACAUACCAUGGCUUCGAAUGUCCCAUCCUCCCAAUUUUAUGGAAAUCUGGAUGUUCGAUCACCUGCCACAUAGCUCUCAGGAUGAUCAUGCAAAACAAAAAGGACUACUUUAUAAAUAUAAAUAAUGAAUUGGAAAGUAAAUCUACUGGUCCAUACAAGACAGAAGAUUACAGAAACAUUUACAACCUUGUAGCACACGAAGAUAAGAGAAGUAAGCAAGACUUCUUACACAGAGCCCAAAUGACUGCAUUCUUAGUAAAGCUGUUGGAAAUUAGUGGAUACUUUAAUGGAAAACCAAGGGAUAAACCAGUGACCAUGGAUAAAUUGAAAUCUAUGGGAGUAGAUGAUGAAUAUAAAGAAGACGUGUCUCUUUUUGGUGGACUGAUAUUGAAGAAUCUGGAAGUUUUGCAAUUCAAUGCCCACGAAGUAUUCGAGCUGCAGUGUCCAAAGCCGAAAGUCGGGAAAAACGUAAUCAAACACGACGGGAAAUCAGUCUUCAUCGCUGGAGCCGUUUUUCCGACGCUGGCUCUGUUUAAUCACUCUUGUGAUCCAAGUGUAGUGAGAUAUUUCUGUGGCGAGAGAAUAGUCGUUCGCGCAGUAAAAAACAUUAAGAAAGGCGAGGAAGUAGCGGAGAACUACGGGCCCAUCUUCACGACGGUGCCAAAGGAGAAGAGGAAGGCUGACAUGAAGGAGCAGUACUGGUUCGACUGCCAUUGCGUGCCGUGCGAACAGAACUGGCCUCUCUAUGACGACAUGAAUGAGGACUACAUGAGAUUUAAGUGUGACUCUGAUCGCCCAUGCCCCAAUGUGGUACCAGUGCCUUAUGACUGCAAGGAGUUCAUGGUGCAGUGCGGCCUGUGCCAGCAGUACACCAACAUUCUGAAAGGACUCAAAUCUCUUCAGGACACGGAGUUGAUGUAUCGCAUUGGUCGUGUGUCUAUGGAAGAGGGAAAAUAUGGAGAAGCAAUGAAGAAGCUAAUAGAAGUACUGAAACUUUAUGAUGCUACCUUAGCACCACCAUAUCGUUCUUAUUAUGAUUGUGUUCAAGAUCUAAGGCGCUGUAUGCUGGCUACGGGCAAUUACAGUAUUGUUUAACCAUCAUUUGAUUAGUAUUAAUCAAUUUGUUUACAUAUAUGUGUUUGUAGAGUUGAGAUGGUUGACUCACACGUCAACUCGUGAACGGGUGCUGCCGGGGGGAACUGGUCAGCUCGAUCCGAAUAGAGUAUUACUGAUAAAAAAUUAUACAUAAAUUUAUAUUUAAAAAAUGGUAAGCUUCUGGCAUAAUAGGGACCAACACUGUUUGAAUGUGUUUCUUUCGGCAUUUCUUCUCAGCGGUGGUCGUUCCGAAAUGCUAGUAGUUUGUAGCUUUGGUAAACAUCAUUCAAUUUAAAAUAUGUCGUGAAAAAGUGCCUGUGAAGGCCUAAUUUCUGAAUAAAUGAUUUGAUUUUGAUUUUGAGUUCACAAUAAAUUGCUUUAUUUUUUA